AUAAAAUUGUUUUUAAAUUUCUCCUCAGGGAAUUUAUCAUUUCUGACCUAGCACCGUUGAGGCAAAAGGCAAAGAUCCAAGUCCAAAAGCAGCAGAACAGAGAAGAUGGCAGGAUUGUUCGACAAUCAAGCAGAUCUUUACUUGGAUGCAAGGCCAACAUACCCCAGCGAGUGGUAUUCGAUGCUAGCCGCUCGCACUCUCCACCACAAUCUGGCUUGGGAUGCCGGCACAGGCAAUGGCCAAGCUGCUAUUGGUGUUGCUGAGCACUAUGAGCAGGUAAUUGGGAGUGAUGUUAGUGAAGCCCAGUUACAACACGCGAUGCCGCAUCCGAAGGUUAAAUAUCUUUACACUCCUUUGUCAAUCAGCAAAGAUGAAUUACUAGCUUCAAUUGGAGGUGAAAAUUCAGUUGAUUUGGUGACUGUGGCUCAAGCUGUGCACUGGUUCGAUCUACCAAAGUUUUACUCUGUGGUUACCAGACUUUUGCGAAAGCCAGGCGGUGUCCUUGCUGUCUGGUGCUACAAUGACAUCGUUGUUAGCCCUACAUUUGAUCCUGUGAUGAAGCGCUUUCACGACACCACUCUUCCGUAUUGGAGCCCCAACAUCCGAUAUGCUUUUGAUGGCUAUAAGACACUGCCUUUUCCAUUUGAGAAUAUUGGUUUAGGUUCUGAGGGCCAACCACUGGCAUUGGACAUACCCAAGAAACUGUCCUUUGAGGGAUUUCUGCGGAUGGUGAGAACUUGGUCUGCUGUGGUUACAGCAAAAAACCAAGGCGUGGAUUUGUUGUCUCAAAUGGUUGUAAGAGAUCUUGAGAGUGCCUGGGGUGGGUCUGAUUUGGUCAGAUCAAUAGCUUACAAGGCUUUCAUGCUUGCAGGAAAAGUUAAACUCUGAUUUUCUUGGGAGUUGGGAUUGUAGCUUGAACAUUUCUGCUUAGCAAU